ACUGCGGAAGUGAGCCCUCCCAACAAUGACUGCCCCUCUUCACAUGCAAGGGGUUCUAGCGUGGUGUUGUUGGCUGCAGCUUCACGCUUGCCUGGUGAAGUCCAUCUUUCGGCACACUUGCUAACCGCGACUAGCUGCGCAUACCCCCACGGUACACGCCCGGCAACUAGGCUGAUAGCCUGAGGCAAACAUCGCGUCCUUGAAAGCCUCCAGGGGAGCUACCGCCUUAUCGUCGCCGUCAUCAACUUCCCCGCCCGUCAUGUCUGCCGCGAUCGAGAACGAGGACCUGGAGGAGCUCUCCCUGAGCAUGCCCGCACCGCGACGGGGAGGCGCGAGCACCACCAAGACGGUCGACUUCCAGGCUCCCGCCGAGCCUGUCCUCCCGGCGCCCUCGGUAGAACCGAACAAGGCACGGGACUCGAAGGCAAGCCAGCGAUUAGGGCAGUAUACGAUCGUCAAGACGCUGGGCGAGGGCUCGUUCGGCAAGGUGAAACUGGCGACACAUCAGGUCAGCGGGCAGAAGGUCGCUCUGAAGAUCAUAAACCGGAAGAGACUGGUGACACGAGACAUGGCAGGCAGGAUAGAGCGCGAGAUUCAGUAUCUGCAGCUGCUGCGGCAUCCACACAUCAUCAAGCUGUAUACAGUCAUAACUACGCCCACUGAAAUCAUCAUGGUCCUCGAGUACGCUGGAGGAGAGCUCUUCGACUACAUUGUCAACAACGGGAGGUUGCAGGAGGACAAAGCGCGCAAGUUCUUCCAGCAAAUUGUCUGCGCCGUGGAGUACUGCCACCGACACAAGAUUGUACAUCGAGAUUUGAAGCCGGAGAACCUGCUCUUGGACGAUCAGUACAACGUCAAAAUCGCCGACUUUGGACUCAGCAACAUCAUGACAGACGGGAACUUCCUGAAGACGAGCUGUGGUUCUCCGAACUACGCCGCGCCAGAAGUCAUCUCCGGAAAGCUGUACGCAGGUCCAGAAGUCGAUGUCUGGAGCUGUGGUGUCAUCCUCUACGUUCUGCUUGUUGGACGACUGCCUUUCGACGACGAGUAUAUCCCCACGCUGUUCAAGAAGAUCGCUGCAGGCAACUACAGCAUACCGAACUAUCUGUCACCUGGCGCCGUCUCAUUGAUCAAGAAGAUGCUUAUGGUCAAUCCUGUACAUCGCAUCACCAUUGGAGAGAUUCGCAUGGAUCCAUGGUUCACGAAAGAUCUUCCUGCAUACCUCGAGCCACCGAUCCAAGAAUUCUUCGACACAGGCAUCGACCCCAACAAGGCCAUAGAUCCCAAAGCCGUUGCGCCAUCACAGCCAGCCCCCGUUGUCCAGAAGCUGCACGAAACCGUUGUCUCGAAGCUGGGCAAGACGAUGGGUUAUGCGAGACAUGAUGUUCAGGAAGCGCUAGCGCGCGACGAACCUAGUGCUAUCAAGGAUGCGUACUUGAUUGUUCGCGAAAAUCAGAUCAUGAAGGCAAAUCCACUCCUGACAAACGAGCAAAACCUGCAACCAUUCCUAGCAUCGUCACCUCCAACCGGUCAUGACUAUCUGAGCCAAUCUAUACCUCAAGUCAUGGCCGGUGGCUCUCGUCCCCAGAUCAUCCCACCCCCUUCAGCCGACCACGAACGCGCAAGACAGGGUUCAAAUGCGAGCAGUCAGCUUGCAAAUGUCCGUAGUCCCGUGAGCACCAUCGCCAUCCUACCCAGCAGUCUCACAGAAUAUCACACUGCCUAUAUGAAGGGUCAUCCAAGACCACUACCCUCUCAAGGCGCCGAAGGCUUACCGUCAACUGGACAGACUGAGGAACAGCGCGCCGCUAAUGCUCGACGACUGAAGCCAAACUUCCGAACACUUCCAGAUCCGCAACGACCGCGGCCGGAGCCCAUGACGGCUCUGCCAGCGAAGAAAGCAAGACCAACCAAAUGGCAAUUCGGCAUUCGGUCACGGAACCAGCCCGCUGAAGCAAUGCUCGCAAUCUUUAAAGCGCUCAAAGCCAUGGGCGCCGACUGGGAAAUCCCCGAACCACGCAAAGUCGGAGGUCGAAGCGGCUCGCGCUCCCGCAGCGGAUCCCAAGGCUCCCAAGAACAGUCUGGCUCGCGAUCACGAACCCACUCCCAAAGCUCCUCGAUAUCCUCCCACUCCUCCGAAGGCGAUGCCCGCUCCGACGACGAAGACUCUCCCCACCGCAAACCCCUCACCGUGCGCAACGCAGACUCAGAAGAACCCCGUGGCCGCCAGAAACGCCACUACAACCACACAAAUGACUGGGGCUACCGCGUCCCCGAAGACCCCUGGGUCAUCAACGCGCGGUUCCGCAAGGACGGCAUGUUCCCCCCCGGCGUCGCGCAUCCGAGUUCCACACACUCGAGUCGCGUCGAUCUGCACCGCGAUCCUGAGGCCCGUAGACGCAGCUCUACGACGACUAGCAACUCCAGUCAUGCUGUGGAUGGUAUGACGAAUGCCGACAAUGGUAAUGAGGGCGAGUACCCGCAGCCCGACGAAGCAGUCUGGAUAUACAUGUCCAUCCAACUCUACUCCAUCGACCGCGACUUCUUCGUCGUCGACUUUAAAUGCGCCGGGUACGAACGCCUGGUCUCCAACCUCGUGCGCGAAAUCAAAGCAAAUCCCGAGGUGGACUUUUCUUCUUCCCAUCGUAGCAAGCAUCAGCAUGAGGAUGGCUGGGAUGACGAGCAGGGCGUUUGGAGGAGGCUGGAUGAGGGCGAGCCGUUGCCUGAUGAAGUGGCGAGCGAAUUGAAGGGUGGGAGGGGUGUGCUGAGGGAGAGGACAGAGGAGGUUGGCGCGGGACGGAUCGAGGGGGAGAAGGUGUGUACGAGUCCGUUUCCAUUUUUGGAUGUGGCUAGUACGUUGAUUUUGCAAUUGAGCGGGGAGUAGGGAGGAGGGAGAUGAUGUGCGUGGGUGUUGAGACGUGGAGGUGGAGCGAUAAAAAAAGAUGUUAGACCAGCAAGGCGAAUGGAGUAGGCGCAGUAUGUAGACACAGGGAUGGAAAUACCCGACUCGAUGUCCGGCGGU